ACUGCUCCCUGAACAGGAAGUACCUGUGGACGCCAUUGUUGGUGUUGACAUCUUUACGGAAAGAGUGUCAAACCUCUCUUCAUUUCAACAUGAAUCGCUUAUUUGGAAAGGGAAAACCGAAGGAACCUGCGCCGAAUCUCAAUGACUGCAUUUCAAAUAUUGACAGUCGAGGAGAUUCGGUAGAUAAGAAAAUAGGUCGGCUAGAUCAAGAAUUGAACAAAUACAGGAAUCAGAUGAAAAAGAUGAGAGAUGGUCCAUCAAAGAAUAUGGUUAAACAGAAGGCAAUGAGGGUGCUGAAACAGAAAAAGAUGUAUGAAAGUCAGCGUGACCAGCUGAUGCAGCAGUCCUUCAACCUGGAACAACAGAACUUUGCUAUCCAGACCAUGAAGGACACCAAAACAACAGUUGAUGCCAUGAAAGUUGGAGUUAAACAGUUUAAAAAAGAAUACAAGACGAUGGAUAUUGGAAAGAUUGAGGACUUGCAAGAUGAGAUGGAAGACCUGAUGGAUCAGUCCAAUGAGGUUCAGGAGAUCAUGGGAAGGAGUUAUGGCAUGCCAGAGGUGGAUGAUGAUGAGCUGGAGGCGGAGCUUGAUGCCCUGGGUGUCGAGAUUGGCUUGGAUGAGGAUGCUUCCUAUCUUGAUGAUGCAGUCAGUGCACCAUCAGCACCUACAGGAGAGCCUGGAGCAGACAGUAUGAGGGGAGACGUACCUGUUGACGAAUUUGGUUUACCACAGAUUCCCCAGUCAGCUAAAUAGGAGCCAGCGAACUACAUUUGUUACUGAUUGUCACUUUGUAAAUAUGAAAGCGAGCUUGUACAGACUUGUCCAGAAUAUUGUCAAUGUGGUUAAGCAUGUCAUACAGCAUAGCUGUAUCCCAGUCAUUGCGUAUGGCUGUACCGAUCUCUGUCACUAGAUGCUUUACAUUUGCAGUCUGUUAAACUUGUUGGCAGAAUCAUUUGCCAUGUAAACGGUUAAUCUUUGUGAGGUUUUAAACUGAGUCAUCAGAAAACAGAUUUUGGCUCAAUUAUCAGUUUAAUAUACAAACUUUAAACAACACUGAAAUGCACUAGUCCAAUCAGAUUUGCUUAAGGUCAGUUUUUGUUACUAAGACGAACAAAUUUUAGCUGUUUUUCAUCAUUGCCUAUGGUGGGUGUCACAUGACUUCCAUAUGAGUCCCAUGUUUUUUACAUGAAUAUGUAAUGAUUAUCAUUAUUCCCCAUUUUCUAUAUACUGUGGUAUUUUAUACUGCUGUUUGGUAAAAAUGGAGCAUGUCGUCAAUGUGCAGGCCCCUCCUAUCCCACUUUCACUAAUUUCAGCUGGAACAAAAACUUACACCUGAUAUACCAAGGAAGAAAAAACAUCUGUAUCUCACAGACAUGGGAAAUGUGUAAACUGUGCAUAAUGUAGCAGAUACGUCACUGAUCCAUUGGUUUAUGAAGAUGUGUGGCUGUUUGUAAAUAUUAAAUAUAAUUCAAGGCAGUGUGUGAAAUUCAGCGAUAGUAGUACUAGUCAAACUGCUAUUGCUUAUUGAUUCUGCAACUUGAGACAUGGUAUUGGGUCAAUUUGUAUGGAUUACUCACCAUUUUCCUUCUUUGCGACCAUAUUUGAAGGAAACAAUCUUCAGCUCAUUUUAUGACAGUAUCUCAGAAAGUGAACUGAUCCGAAAGCAUGUUUCUUAUGAAUAAUCUUACAGGUCAAGAGUGCUUGAGUCUCCACCUUGACUGGCGACUAUUUAACUGUCUGGAGACCUUAAAAGUGUAGGUCUAGACACUGUAUUAGGCCUGUUUGUGAAACAGAGACAUAGCCUCAGUGUAGAUUGUUAAACUGUUAAACUGAUAUGCCAGUACAUUAUGAACUUGAUUGAAAACAUGUAAAUGUUCAAUACCUCAAAUCAGUUGUGCUGCCAAAAGUGGUACCAAUGCAUUGGAGUAAGUCUUUCUUUCAUACAAUAGCUCAUGAAACAUGAAUUGAGUAGAAUAAGUCAAGAAUUCAGUAACAUAUUUCACUGUGCCAAACCACAAAAAUUGUAUUAACCAUUGGACUAGCCAUCUUAAGUUUAAGCAUAUUUGGGACUAGAUUUUCACACACUGCUUUAAAGCUAUCUUUUCUCUUUUACUGUUAGUGUUAUAAAACUAAAUGGAGGGGAUGGGGGUAUUAUCAUGCAUCCUCAUUGUGACAUUUUGUACUUUAAAUAACUGUGAAUUCACUUAAAUAAAGUCAGACAAGCUCUCAGAUUUAUGGUCAUAGAUCUAAAAGAUAUCUAAAAUCAACUUGUUGAUGUAAACAUUGUAAGUUAUUUCAAUUAUUGUCUUAUUUAUGCUCAUUUUAUUAAACAUUUUGUACAUAUUG